UUUUUUGUACUCCUAACACUAUAGUGGCUGCUGUACCUCCUGCCAGUCAAACCGCCAUAGCGUCGUCAAAUCUCGAUGGAAUUUUAUGAUUCAACUUGCUGCUGAUAGGCGACACCAACGCGCUCCAGAUCCAAUUUACAGAUCACCGUUUGAGGCACACAUCAGAUCGGCAUCAAUAUUUGAAGCUGGCUGACGGAAUUCUGACUGUGCACAUUUUCUCUCAUUUUAGGCACAUCUGAGCCUAUUGUGAUUAUAACAAGUGGUAUCAGAGCCCCUUGGAGCUGUCUCGACCAUGCCUAGACCUGAGGAAGGGGGUGGCAGAGGUGCUGGAGGCAGAGAAGACGCCCAAGCACAAGGUCAACACCAAGAUCCACCCAUGGCUCCCGUGCAACCUAGCCUUGGCCCCUCUAGGGAUGAGCCUAGAGUGUUUGGCCUUGACAAGUUCAACGGUGACAACUUUGCUGAGUGGUCCUUCAAGAUGGAGAACAUCUUUGACCACUAUGAUCUGCUGGAGGUGAUGGAAGGAACGGAGAAGCGCCCCGAGAACGACCCGGAGAAGAGCCCGUGGGUGCGGAAGAGCGCACAAGGCUAUCUUCUACUUGGGCAAGCGUUGGGGAGCAGCCAAAUCCGUCACAUCAAGCCUUUUCAGCGUGAACCAGCAAAGGGACCAAAGGCAUGGGCUGCUCUCAAGGGUGUACACGCUCCUGCAACAGCGGCGGUGGCUGUGGUUUUGGAGCGGCAAAUGGCGGCCCUUCGAAUUGACGAAGGCGAACCGGUGGAGGACGGAGUGCAGAAAUUCUUCGACUUGUUGACACGGCUUGAAGGAGCUGACCUGAACUACAGUGACCUUCAAAAGAAGACCAAGCUGCUGGCCUUGCUUCCGGACUCAUGGUCCUCGCUCAUCAUCAACCUAAAUCGAGAUCUGCCCCGCCUCUCGCUCGAAGAUGUGAAGCGGGAAAUCUUACAAGAAGAUUUCCGUCGUCGUGAAUUGGCGGGUACCGAUGGUGCCGGAGUUGCAAGCAUGGGCCGUGGGCACGGCCGUGGAAGGGGCAGAGGGCGAGGAGGAAGAUUUGGCAGCAGCAACUUCAAUGGAGGCCGUGGUAAUGGAGGAUAUGGCAGCAACAACAACAACAAUGGCUACGGGCGUGGGCGCGGUCGAUUUGAUGGCGAAUGCCACUUUUGCCACAAGACCGGCCACAUGUGGAGAGAUUGCUACAGAUUGCCUGAUGGAUGGACCCCUUCUCAAGGCCAAGAGGGCAGAGGAGCAAGGGGAGGAAGAGGCAGAGGUCGUGGAGGCCGUGGUGGUCGUGGAAGCGAAGCGGCAUGCAUGAAAGGUGGAGACUACGAGACGGGCCCGAGUGAAGAUCGAUACCCAGGCCAAUUCUUCUUUGUCUCCACGCAAGCGGCAGCUGCAGCAGGAGGUGUGGAAGGCUUUGAGGAGCCAGCUACUGUGGGAAAGGUCACCCUUCACUCUCUGGACUUUUGGGUGAUCGAUAGCGGCGCCACCUAUAGCAUGACACCUCGUGCGGACUUGCUCACCGAACUCGAACCGUCGCCGGUCAAGCAUGUCACAUCGGCUUUGGGGCAGCGAGCAGAGGUGAAAGGCAUGGGCAAGGCCAUGUUCAAGGGUGCUGAUGGGAAGAUGGUGGGCCUCAAGAACGUGCUUUGGGUGCCCAACCUUGCAGCCAACCUGAUUUCUGUGCGGCAUUUGCAAAAGGCCGGCAUGGACACAUCUUCCAAGGGAUCCAAAACUUAUACCGCGCGGCUUGGUGAGCGGAAGCUUUGGGACCUUCAUGAGGACAGGGACAUCUACAAUGAAAUGUGGCAAAUCCCAGUGGUCCCCAUGCCUAAGGAGAGGCAAGUGGCAGCAAGCAUCAGCACCAAGAGUGAAGCGGUUGGUGGCGGUGAUCACGGAAAGCAAAGUGACACCAAGAGUGACUCGAACGAGUGCAAUCUUGGAGAGACCAGCAAGGCAUGUGAAUCCAAGGAGAGUGGUGCAGCAGCCAAAGGUGGUGGAAAUGAGGAGGAGAAUCAUAAGAUCAGCAAAACAGCAGCGGCGAAGGAGAAAGGAGAGAGCUUGUGGGGCACAAUUGCGAGUGCCGCUUUCUCCAACCCGACCUCCGCUACGGGAGAGUGUGAUUGGCUGACCUUGCAUCGGCGAAUGGGGCAUGUGGCAUUGCCCAUUUUGCAGCAGAUAGUCAAGCAAGACAUGGUCAGUGGGAUACGUGUCAAGGGGGAGCCCAAUGAGGUGCUUGGCUGUCCAACAUGCAUGCAAGCCAAGUUCACCCGCUACCCGUUCCAUAGCUCGGAGACAACGGCGAAGGCACCACUUGAUGAGGUGGUGAUGGAUGUGGUGGGUCCCUUGAAGCUUGGAGCUGCUGGAGCUGAGUACUUCCUCACCAUUGUGGACGUCUACACUCGCAUGACUUGGGUAUAUGUGCUGCCCAAGAAGAGUGACGUGGCUGAAACGGUGAAGACCGAUUGGUUGCCGAUGGUGGAGCGGCAACAAGACCGACUUGUGAAGGCGAUUCGCACUGACCGUGGGGGAGAGUUCCUGAGCAAGAACUUCUCAACUUGGCUGAAGAAGCAGGGCAUAAGGCACUCUCUUACCAUGCCCUACUCUCCUGCAAUGAACGGCAUUGCCGAGCGUGCGAAUCGGACACUCACGGAGACGGCUCGGGGACUUCUCAUUGAAGCCGGUCUUCCCAAUUACUUUUGGCCGGAUGCGGUGCGGCAUGCUUGUGUGGCCAAGAACAGAGCCUUGACUCACGUGGGAGAAGACAAAUGGGUGCCCUAUGUGGAGUGGAUUGGAAGGAAGCCGAAGGUGGAUAUGCUUCGGGUGUUCGGGUGCAUGUGCAUGGCACUUGUGCCUAAGAAACUUCGGCACAACAAGCUUGAUGCCAAGGCAACAUGGGCCGUGCACUUGGGCAUGGCUCAAAACAGCAAGGGAUGGCUUCUUUGGGACCCAUUUACCAAGAAGUUCCUGGUGAGCAGAGAUUGCAAGUUCAUGGAGAACUUACCGUACAAGGAGUGGAAGGCGGAGAACCAAGCGAAGAUUGGUGUGCGGCUUGGAGAGGUGAAGAGUACCGGCUUGGAGCAUGUGGAGCUGCCCUUGGAGCUGAGUAGCAGCAGCACUAUCACAAGGCAAUCUCCUCAAAUGAAUGGGGAGAAGAGGAGGAGGAGGUGCAGCAAGGUGAUGAGCGUACACCGUCACUUCCGCCUCGUGCUACAAGUGCUCGCGGGAACCGAGCAGAUUUGCAGCAACGCCAUGAGAGCAUCCAAGUCCCUGCAGUAGAGGAGGAAGGAAGGGGGAGAAGGAGGACUCAGCCCCCAAUAGGUUGAGCUAUGAACGGCUUGGAGGAGCAGCCAACUCAACCUUGACCGGUUCGGCUCUCAUGCUAGGCGAUGAAGCGGAAGAUGAAAGC